AUGGAACGUUAGAUAAGGGCCUUAUUAAGGCAGCUACUGUAACUAGCUUCUAAACAUAUUUUGAUAAUACAACAUUACUGGUAAAAUGCUAAUAAUACAAUGAUUGAUUAGUAAAGACAUAAAAGUACAGUACAUCGCCUCUCACCUUUUCAUGAAUAUCAAACAAGUAGUCUAAUUUUACAGGCAGCCUGCCCUGCACUUGCUUGCUGUCUUCAGAGUUUAAACUCAAAACUGGUUUUCAAACUCAUUGUUGUUGUAACCAUUUGACUCAUAUUAGUUUUAUUUGCACGAAAUCCUGGUAGAGCAUAGGGGACGUUAGGCCUUCUGAUGUUCAUGUGAAUUUCCUUAAUUUUUUGGCUUUAGACCAGCCUAACUUCUCACUUAAAACAUAGUUUUUGCUUUUAAUAUACUGUUAUUAUUCCAUCCUCUUUAUGUAUAUACAGUUGGAGUCAGAAGUUUACAUACACUUAGGUUGGAGUCAUUAAACCUCGUUUUUCAACCACUCCACAAAUUUCUUGUUAACAAACUAUAGUUUUGGCAAGUCGGUUAGGACAUCUACUUUGUACAUGACACAAGUAAUUUUUCCAACAAUUGUUUACAGACAGAUUAUUUCAGUUAUAAUUCACUGUAUCACAAUUCCAGUGGGUCAGAAGUUUGCAUACACUAAGUUGACUGUGCCUUUAAACAGCUUGGAAAAUUCCAGAAAAUGAUGUCAUGGCUUUAGAAGCUUCUGAUAGGCUAAUUGACAUCAUGAGUCAAUUGGAGGUGUACCUGUGGAUGUAUUUCAAGGCCUACCUUCAAACUCAGUGCCUCUUUGCUUGACAUCAUGGAAAAUCUAAAAAAUCCAGCAAGUCUGUAGUCCUUCAAAGUCUUCCCUUGGAGCAAUUCCAAAGCCUGAAGGUACCACGUUCAUCUGUACAAACAAUAGUACGCAACUUUAAACACCAUGGGACCACGCAGCCUGUCAUACGCUCAGAAAGGAGACGCGUUCUGUCUCCUAGAGAUGAACUUACUUUGGUGCGAAAAGUGCAAAUCAAUCCCAGAACAACGCAAAGGACCUUGUGAAGAUGCUGGAGGAAACGGGUACAAAAGUAUCUAUAUCCACAGUAAAAAUGAUCCUUAUCGCAUAACCUGAGACAGCCGCUAACCGAAGCCACUGGCCGCAAAACCGCAAGGAUCGAACCCUGCUCCAAAUACCGCCAUAAAAAGCCAGACAGUAAAGAGACGGUACUCGGUUGCAACUGCACUGGGGACAAAGAUCGUACUUUUUGGAGAAAUGUCCUCUGGUCUGAUGAAACAAAAAUAGAACUGUUUGGCCAUAAUGACCAUCGUUAUGUUUGGAGGAAAAAGGGGUUGCUUGCAAGCCGAAGAACACCAUCCCAACCGUGAAGCACGGGGGUGGCAGCAUCAUGCUGUGGGGGUGCUUUGCUGCAGGAGGGACUGGUGCACUUCACAAAAUAGAUGGCAUCAUGAGGAAGGAAAAUUAUGUGGAUAUAUUGAAGCAACAUCUCAAGACAUCAGUCAGGAAGUUAAAGCUUGGUCGCAAAUGGGUCUUCCAAAUGGACAAUGACCCCAAGCAUACUUCCAAAGUUGUGGCAAAAUGGCUAAAGGACAACAAAGUCAAGGUAUUGGAGUGGCCAUCACAAAGCCCUGACCUCAAUCCUAUAGAAAAUGUGUGGGCAGAACUGAAAAAGCGUGUGCGAUCAAGGAGGCCUACAAACCUGACUCAGUUACACCAGCUCUGUCAGGAGGAAUGGGCCAAAAUCCACCCAACUUAUUGUGGGAAGCUUGAGGAAGGCUACCCAAAACGUUUGACGCAAGUUAAACAACUUAAAGGCAAUGCUACCAAAUACUAAUUGAGUGUAUGUAAACUUCUGACCCACUGGGAAUGUGAUGAAAGAAAUAAAAGCUUAAAUAAAUCAUUCUCUCUACUAUUAUUCUGACAUUUCACAUUCUUAAAAUAAAGUGGUGAUCCUAACUGACCUAAGACAGGGAAUUUUUACUAGGAUUAAAUGUCAGGAAUUGUGGAAAAACUGAGUUUAAAUGUAUUUGGCUAAGGUGUAUGUAAAUGUCCGACCUCAACUGUAUCUAUUUCCAUGUAGGCAGCUGAGAUGCUCUCUGAAGGUGAGCUGAAGGACUUUGCCCAGGGCCAGUCCCUGUACCGUGUUCUCCAGCCCUGGUGGGAUGUCUUCAGCCACUAUCUCUCCAUCAUGAUGUUCUCAAUCGGAACCCUCGGAGGAACCCUGCAGGCAAGGAAUUUUACCAGAAAAUGUUUCAUUUGUGUUUUAAUGCAAUUUUCUUCACCCAAGCUCUUUAUUACUUUCAAUGUAAUUCCAUCUGGCUCCCAGUGUAUACGGCUUUAGUUCCAGGUUAUGAAGUUUCUGAUGCUUCCUUCUGUUUAAAUUCCCUUUGCCUGCAGGUCACCCUCCGCAAGAUCGUCUGCGUCCCCUGUCAGAUGACAUCAGAUGACUUCUGUGGGGGUUUUAACCGUAGAGGCACUACAUCAGGGAAUGCCACUAAUGAAGCCAGCUUCCCUCUCCUACCCAAGAGUCUUUACAAGCUGGACCUUCAGCAGUAUGCUUACGUUGACGCCGUGUGCUACGAACAACAACUCCACUGGUUCGCCAAGUUCUUCCCCUACGUUGUGAUGUUAGAGACUCUGGCUCUUGUGAUUAUAAGCAACUUGUGGUUCAAGUACCCUAGGACCAGCUCCAGACUCAUGCACUUUGUCUCCAUUCUACACAAAUGCUGCGACUCUCCCUGGACCACCCGGGCCUUGUCAGAGACGGUGGCAGAGCAGGGUGGGGCCCAGCCCUCAAUGAGCGUGUGUAGUCCCGAUCCUCAGGCAUCUUCAACAUCAGACUAUAGCAGCAGGAGGCUGAUGGGCACAGAGUUUCUUAGUGUUCUAGACAAAAAGGAAGGUGAGCAGGCCAAAGCUAUCUUUGAGAAGGUGAAGAAACUGAAAGUACACGUGGAGGACAAAGACAUCAUUUAUCACUUGUAUAUGAGGCAGAUAGUCACCAAGAUUGUGUUUCUGCUGUUCACCUUGGCCUAUAUCCCUUAUGCAGCCUCACACAUCCUGUUUGACGUUGACUGUGUGGUGGAUUCCCAAGCGCUGAUGCCGUUUCAGCCCUUUCGCUGCGUUCACUCGUUGGCCACCUUUUUCUGGCUCCUCUCUUUGGUUUACACGGUACUGAUGGUCAUGUACAGCUUGACCUGCUUCUACAGCUUCUGGUGGAUGAUGAGAAACUCUCUCAGGGAGUACUCCUUUGACCCGGUGAGGGAGGAGAGCAGCUUCAGCGACAUCCCCGAUGUCAAGAAUGACUUUGCCUUCAUCCUCCACCUCCUGGACCAGUAUAACCCUCUGUUCUCUAAACGCUUUGCAGUCUUCCUCUCGGAGGUCAGUGAGAAGAAACUGAGGCAGCUCAACCUGAACUACAUGUGGCCUUUGGAGAAGCUGACCCAGAAGGUGGUGCGUAACGCUCAGGACCAGAUAGAGCUCCAUCUCAUGCUCCUCAGCGGCAUCCCAGAGGCUGUGUUCGAUAUCAGGGAGCUGGAGGUGCUCAAGCUGCAGAUGAUCCCGGACGCUAGGCUCACGCAGAAGCUUACGCAGCUUGGGAACCUGCGAGAGAUCUGGCUGGAUCAUUCUCCUGCCACUGUAGACCUCAUGGCUCUGGGGUUUCUCUCUGAGAACCUGAGGAUCCUGAGGAUGAAGUUCACAGAGGUGGAACAGGCUCCCUGGUGGGUUUUCAGUUUGCGGAACCUGACUGAGCUCUAUCUGUAUGGGAAUAUGUUCAAUCAGGACAACACGACGUUCGUCAACGGCCUACCCAAGCUCAAGAAUCUGAAGGUGUUAUUCAUCAAGUGCAGCAUCACCGCGAUGCCGAAAGUGAUUACCAACUCAAUACCCUCGAUACAGAAGCUUUUCGUCGACAAUGAAGGCACCCAACUCUCAGUCCUGCAGAGUCUGAAGACGAUGUCACAGCUCACCUGCUUGGAGCUACUGAACUGUGAUCUCCAGCGGAUACCAAGUCAUAUCUUCAGCCUGAAGAACCUGCAAGAAAUAGACCUCAAAGGGAACAACCUCAAAACCAUUGAGGAGAUCAUCAGUUUCCAGCACCUUCCCAAGCUCUCUACCCUGAAGCUGAAGUACAACAGUAUCGCUUACAUCCCAGUCCACGUCGGAGUGCUGGGGAACCUGGAGCAACUCCACCUUGGUCAUAACCUCAUCAGCCGCGUGCCCGCGCAGCUGUUUCUGUGCAGCAGACUCUAUGUGCUAGACCUCAGUCACAACAAGCUGUCUGCCAUUCCCACUGAAAUACAGGACCUGAAGAGACUGCAGCUCCUCAAUGUGUCCAGCAAUAAUGUACGUAUAUUAUAUCUGAUUUAUGAUUACUCAUUUAAUAAUGUGUUCAUUCAUUAAUCACGUUUUUGGGAACUUUCUUUUUAUACAGACAUGUGGACAUCAUUGUAAUUGUGUAGGCUAUUUUAUUGUGUUAACCUAACCCACAAUCCUAAAGGAUUUAUAAAGCAAGUGUAAAAACGGAGCGUUAAAUCAUUGUAUUGAGAGAAUGUAGUAUUAUAUAAGUUACCUUUUUUUUUUAUUAAGAGAGAGAGCCAUCAGAACGACAGGCUGAAUUGCAACUUUUAUAAUCAGAAUCUAUUUGUUUUUCUCUCUUUGACCUUAGAUUGACCAUCUCCCAGAAGGCCUGUUCCAGUGUAAGACCCUGCAGUCCCUGCUGCUAGGCCACAACAACCUGUCAGUGGUCCCCCACCAGGUUAGUGAGCGGGGGGUCAAUUUCCAUUUCAAUUCAGGAAGUCAACUGAAAUUCAAAAUUUUCCUCAAUGGUUUUCUAUGGGAAUGAUGUAGGCCCGAUACAUGGUUGGACAGUGGGCUGCUGGCACUGUGAAUAAUUAUGUAUGCAUUAAUUAUUAUAAUUCCAGUGUUUUCCGUAUUGCGUGUAUUACAGUGUAUUGUUUUUGUGUAUUUGUAUGCUGAUUUCACAAAAUGAAUUUCCAUGUACAGUACCAGUCAAAAGUUUGGACACACCUACUCAUUCCAGGGUUUUUCUUUAUUUUUUACUAUUUUCUACAUUGUAGAAUAAUAGUGAAGACAUCAAAACUAUGAAAUAACACAUAUGGAAUCAUGUAGUAACCAAAAAAGUGUUAAACAAAUCAAAAUAUUUUAUAUUUGAGAUUCUUCAAAUAGCCACCCUUUGCCUUGAUAACAGCUUUGCACACUCUUGGCAUUCUCUCAUCGAGCUUCAUGAGGUUGUCACCUGGAAUGCAUUUCAAUUAACAGGUGUGCCUUCUUAAAAGUUAAUUUGUUAAUGCGUUUGAGCCAAUCAGUUGUGUUGUGAAAAGGUAGGGGGGGGUAUACAGAAGAUAGCCCUAUUUGGUAAAAUACCAAGUCCAUAAUAUGGCAAGAACAGCUCAAAUAAGCAAAGAGAAACGACAGUCCAUCAUUACUUUAAGACAUGAAGGUCAGUCAAUAGGGAACAUUUCAAGAACUUUGAAAGUUUCUUCAAGUGCAGUCGCAAAAACCAUCAAGCGCUAUGAUGAAACUGUCUCUCAUGAGGACCGCCACAGGAAUGGAAGACCCAGAGUUACCUCUGCUGCAGAGGAUAAGUUCAUUAGCGUUACCAGCCUCAGAUUUUACAUCUCAACAUCAACUGUUCAGAGGAGACUGUGAUCAGGGCCUUCAUGGUCAAAUUGCUACAAAGAAACCACUACUAAAGGACACCAAUAAUAAGAAGAGACUUGCUUGGGCCAAGAAACACGAACAAUGGACAUUAGACUGGUGGAAAUUUGUCCUUUGGUCUGGAGUCCUAAUUUGAGAUUUUUGUUUCCAACCGCCAUGUCUUUGUGAGACGCAGUGUGGGUGAACGGAUGAUCUCCACGUGUAUUUCCCACCGUAAAGCAUGGAGGAGGAGGUGUUAUGGUGUGGGGGUGCUGUGCUGGUGACACUGUCUGUGAUUUAUUUAGAAUUCAAGGCACACUUAACCAGCAUGGCUACCACAGCAUUCUGCAGCGAUACGCCAUCCCAUCUGGUUUGGGCUUAGUGGGACUAUCAUUUGUUUUUCAACAGGACAAUGACCCAACACACCUCCAGGCUGUGUAAGGGCUAUUUUACCAAGAAGGAGAGUGAUGGAGUGCUGCAUCAGAUGACCUGGCCUCCACAAUCCCCCGACCUCAACCAAAUUGAGACGGUUUGGGAUGAGUCGGACCGCAGAGUGAAGGAAAAGCAGCCAACAAGUUCUCAGCAUAUGUGGGAACUCCUUCAAGACUGUUGGAAAAGCAUUCCAGGUGAAGCUGGUUGAGAGAAUGCCAAGCUUGUGCAAAGUUGUCAUCAAGGCAAAGGGUGGCUAUUUGAAGAAUCUCAAAUCUAAAAUAUACACUGCCGUUCAAAAGUUUGGGGUCACUUAGAAAUGUCCUUGUUUUCGAAAGAAAAGCAAUGUUUUUGUCCAUUAAAAUAACAUAAAAUUGAUCAGAAAUACAGUGUAGACAUUGUUAAUGUUGUAAAUGGCUAUUGUAGCUGGAAACGGCUGAUUUUUAAUGGAAUAUCUACAUAGGCAUACAGAGGCCCAUUAUCAGCAACCAUCAGUCCUGUGUUCCAAUGGCACGUUGUGUUUGCUAAUCCAAGUUUAUCAUUUUAAAAGGCUAAUUGUUCAUUAGAAAACCCUUUUGCAAUUAUGUUAGCACAGCUGAAAACUAUUGUGCUGAUUAAAGAAGCAAUAAAACUGGCCUUCUUGAGACUAGUUGAGUAUCUGGAGCAUCAGCAAUUGUGGGUUCGAUUACAGGCUCAAAAUGGCCAGACACAAAUAACUUUCUUCUGAAACUCGUCAGUCUAUUCUUGUUCUGAGAAAUGAAGGCUAUUCCAUGCGAGAAAUUGCCAAGAAACUGAAGAUCUCGUACAACUCUGUGUACUACUCCCUUCACAGAACAGCGCAAACUGGCGCUAACCAGAAUAGAAAGAGGAGUGGGAGGCCCCGGUGCACAACUGAGCAAGAGGACAAAUACAUUAGUGUAGUUUGAGAAACAGUUGGAGAAACAGACGCCUCACAGGUCCUCAACUGGCAGCUUCAUUAAAUAGUACCCGCAAAACACCAGUCUCAACGUCAACAGUGAAGAGGCAACUCCGGGAUGCUGACCUUCUAGGCAGAGUUGCAAAGAAAAAGCCAUAUCUCAGACUGCCCAUCUUAAUCUUUUAUUUUUAUUGGCCAGUCUGAGAUAUGGCUUUUUCUUUGCAACUCUGCCUAGAAGGUCAGCAUCCUGGAGUCGCCUCUUCACUUUUGACGUUGAGACUGGUGUUCAGUUUCUUGGCAAUUUCUUGCAUAGAAUAGCCUUCAUUUCUCAGAACAAGAAUAUACUGACGAGUUUCAGAAUAAAGUUAUUUGUUUCUGGCCAUUUUGAGCCUGUAAUCGAACCCACAAUUGCUGAUGCUCCAGAUACUCAACUAGUCUCAAGAAGGCCAGUUUUAUUGCUUCUUUAAUCAGCACAACAGUUUUCAGCCGUGCUAACAUAAUUGCAAAAGGGUUUUCUAAUGAACAAUUAGCCUUUUAAAAUGAUAAACUUGGAUUAGCAAACACAACGUGCCAUUGGAACACAGGACUGAUGGUUGCUGAUAAUGGGCCUCUGUACGCCUAUGUAGAUAUUCCAUUAAAAAUCAGCAGUUUCCAGCUACAAUAGCCAUUUACAACAUUAACAAUGUCUGCACUGUAUUUCUGAUCAAUUUGAUGUUAUUUUAAUGGACAAAUAAAUUGCAUUUCUUUAGAAAACAAGGACAUUUCUAAGUGACCCCAAACUUUUGAACGGUAGUGUAUAUGUUACCAGACUGAACCGUAUGAACUCCAUGGAUGGCUACAUGUAUUUUACCAGACUGUGAACCUUAUUCCCCAUUGGCUUCAUGCCACACCAUUAUUUUGAUUUGUUUAACACUCUUUUGGUUACUACAUGAUUCAAUAUGUGUUAUUUCAUAGUUUUGAUGUCUUCACUAUUAUUCUACAAUGUAGAAAAUUAGUUUUUAAAAAAUAAAGAAAAACCCUUGAAUGAGUAGGUGUGUCCAAACUUUUGACUGGUACUGUACAUGGACAAUAAAGAAUAUCGUAUCAUAUCAUAUCAUAUCAUAUCAUAUCAUAUCAUAUCGUUCCUGAAUUGAAUAGCCUUAGUGCCAGUCUGUUUGUGCUACCAUGUCAACACCUUGUCACUCAUUCCAGUGCAAAGGAGUUGACACGAUAACACGAACAAUUCUGGGAUAAGGCUACUGAAGUGAAAUGGAAUUGACCUCAACCGUGCAGGUGAGUGAGCUGACCAACCUGGUGGUGUUGGACCUGAGGGGGAACCAGCUGGAGAGCCUUCCUGCGGAGCUGGAGGAGUGCCACAGCCUGAUGCCCAGUGGACUGCUGGUAGAGGAGGGGCUGCUCAACUCUCUGCCGCCCAGCGUCAAGGAGGGCUUCCAGAGGCUUGAUAAGGAGUACCUGGGGAAAAUGGAGGCUGAAGGAGUGGGGAAUGCUCUCAACUGUAACCCCAUUAUCUGUAAUAAAGCAGGACAUGGAGAUACGGCCUGCGGCCUCAUAUACUCCAUGUGA